GAUGUUCUUAGACAUGGAUAUCCUUUGCUUGCUGCUCCUUUUUCCUGUUAUAUGCCGAGCCAUUGAAGUACGUGUCCCUGAUCUUCCUGUCACUGGAAUCCUGGAUGAAGAUGUCAUCCUCCCCUGCUGGUUCACUCCCCCGGCUGGCUUCUCAGUGCAGAAUCUCAGCCUGUUUUGGAAGUUAACAAGCUUACAGCAGGUUCAUGCUUUUACCCUGGGAGAGGAGCAGUUAGACAACCAGGAAGCAAACUUUGUUAAUCGUACACAGCUCUUUCUUAGUGAACUGCCAAAAGGCAACAUGUCCCUUUUUCUCCGCAAGGUCCGUCUCUCUGACGAAGGUGCCUAUACAUGCUUUGUUAAUGUUGGCAACUUCAGUUCGGCUGCUGUGAGUCUGCAGGUGGCAGCCUCCUUCACAAAGCCCAUUUUGCACCUGGAACCUAGCGAGGGCCUUAAACCUGGUGAUCAGGUAACAGUGACAUGUCACACCUAUCGCGGGUACCCAGAAGCUGAAAUACUAUGGCAGGAUGGAAAAGGGCAAAACCUGACGGAAAACAUUACAACAUCCCAAAUGGCCAAUGAAGAAGGCUUGUUUCAUGUUCAGAGCUCUCUCCGAGUCAUCUUGGAGACCAGUGACACAUACACUUGCUCCGUAUACAAUCCUGUCCUGCAGAUGGUGACUCAUGCCUCUAUGAGUGUGACAGGGCAGCACCUCUCAUUUCCACCUGGGGCUUUGUGGGUGACAGUAGGGCUUUGUGUCUGUCUCCUGGGUCUCCUUGUGGCACUUGCCUGUGUAUGUCGAAAACAGCUAAAGCAGACCUGUGAGGAAGAGCAAGAACAAGAGGAAGCAGCAGGAAACAUGGAACAAGAAGAAAAUGGAGAAUUGAAGACAGCUAUGCAGCCCCUAAAGGCCAGCUCAGCAGAAGGUGAAGACACUUCAUCCUUAGAGUGAGAACCUUCAUGUGAAUAGAAGCAUUUUCAGCAUUUUGAGCUUUACCCAAUACACACUGGACUCGGUGCUGGAAUAUCAAAGGACUGUUUACAGAUUUCGCUAGGCAUGCAGGACUUGCCUUCCUGUGAUCUUAACGUGGUCCAUUUUUUUAAGGAGUUUUAUUUCAGGAUGUCGUAAUGCCAUUCAAAAUAGGCAUGUGGUGAACAUUUUAAACAGAUUUUC